AUGAAAAUGGGUGAUCGCGUCGCUAACCACGACUCUGUCGGCUUACUCGCCGACCAUUAUGACACCGGUAUCGGGGGCGAGACAGGCGCAGUCGUGACCACCGCAAGUGGUGGCCUGACAACAGCUACCACGGCGACCACGACUACCGACGCCACUCUUCAUCCGCCCAUAUCGGCCCCCAACGAGAUCGGCUUUGACGCGGACCUGACAGCGUCGCUGCCCGUCGGUGUGGGCGAACUGCCACUUUUGUCAACUGGCAAUUUGCAGGCCGGCGACACCUCUCAGGCAGUCUUUGAGGAGCCUUUCAAUAAAAAGCCUCGUAGGACAAAAAAGAAGUACUCUGUGUUACAGGCCAAGCUAAACAGCCUAGCCGCCCUAAUCGGGCAAAUUGGUAAGCCGCUUAUCAAUGCUUCUCAAUUUGUCGUUUGA